GUGGCCUCCAGCAGCAACAACCAGCAACCUGUGGGCAACAUGACGUCCAGCAGCAUGAACAUGGGCAGGAUUGUCUUCUACGAGGACAGAAACUUCCAGGGCCGUUCCUAUGAGUGCAGCAGCGACUGUGCCGACAUGUCGUCUUACCUGAGCAGGUGUCACUCCUGCAGGGUGGAGAGAGGCUGCUUCAUGGUCUACGACCGUACCAACUUCAUGGGCAACCAGUUCUUCCUGAGGAGGGGCGAGUACUCCGACUACAUGAGCAUGAUGGGAAUGAACGACUGCAUCAGGUCCUGCCGCAUGAUCCCCAUGCACCGCGGCUCCUACAGGAUGAGGAUCUAUGAGAGGGAGAACUUCGGAGGCCAGAUGUCCGAGCUGAUGGACGACUGCGACAACAUCAUGGACCGUCACCGCAUGUCCAACUGCAUGUCCUGUCAGGUGAUGGACGGACACUGGCUGAUGUACGAGCAGCCCCACUUCAGAGGCAGGAUGAUGUACAUGAGGCCUGGAGAGUACAGGAGCUUCAUGAACAUGGGCAUGGGCAGCAUGAGGGUCAUGAGCAUGAGACGCAUCAUGGACUCCUACCAUUAGAGUCGCCAUGGAAACACUAACAACAUCAAUAAAGCUGUGUUGAA